GAGGCCCGGGCAAGGCCGCCCAGCCGUGAGCCCCCCAACCUCCCCUGUACGGGCGGCCUGCCAAACUUUGGAGGAAGAGGGGGAGAAACGGAGCGUGGGAGAGGGAGUUCCCCGCCCAGGGAAAACUCUACGCAGGCACCCGCGACCCCCAGACGCAACCCGCGCUCAGAUUCACAGCUGCCAGGACGAGGGCGUCCCCCACCUGAAGACAACGAGCCAGGUCCUGAGUGAUGCUCCUGAGCUGAGGGCCCAUGGCCCCACCCUUCCCCAUGGAGAAAGGACUCGCUUUACCCCAGGACUGCCGGGACUUUCUGCACAGCCUGAGGAUGAGGAGCAAAUAUGCCCUUUUCCUGGCUUUUGUGGUGGUGGUUUUUGUCUUCAUUGAAAAGGAAAAUAAAAUCAUAUCAAGGGUGUCAGACAAGCUGAAGCAGAUCCCACAACCCCUGCUAGAUGCCAACGGCACCGACCCAGCCCUGUUCUUGGCCGACAAUGCGUCCCUCUUGUCCCUGAGUGAGCUCGAUUCGGCCUUCACCCAGCUGCAGGGCCGCCUGCGAAACCUCAGUCUGCAACUGGGUGUUGAGGCAGUAGGGGAGGCCGGGGCGGAGGCGGAGGCGGAGGCGGAGGCAGAGGCCGGGGUCGGGGGAGAGGUGCCACCGUCGCCCCCCGGGGCCCCGCCGCCGCGGCGCCACGUGCUCCUCAUGGCCACCACCCGCACCGGCUCCUCGUUCGUGGGCGAGUUCUUCAACCAGCAGGGCAACAUCUUCUACCUCUUCGAGCCGCUGUGGCACAUCGAGCGCACGGUGUCCUUCGAGUCGGGAGGCGCCAGCGCCGCCGGCUCGGCCCUGGUCUACCGCGACGUGCUCAAGCAGCUGUUCCUGUGCGACCUGUACGUGCUGGAGCACUUCAUCAGCCCCCUGCCCGAGGACCACCUGACCCAGUUCAUGUUCCGCCGCGGCUCCAGCCGCUCACUGUGCGAGGAGCCCGUGUGCACGCCCUUCGUCAAGAAGGUCUUCGAGAAGUACCACUGCAAGAACCGCCGCUGCGGGCCCCUCAACGUGACGCUGGCCGCCGAGGCCUGCCGCCGCAAGGAGCACAUGGCCCUCAAGGCCGUGCGCAUCCGGCAGCUGGAGUUCCUGCAGCCGCUGGCCGAGGACCCCCGGCUGGACCUGCGCGUCAUCCAGCUGGUGCGGGACCCGCGGGCCGUGCUGGCCUCCCGCAUGGUGGCCUUCGCCGGCAAGUACGAGGGCUGGAAGAAGUGGCUGGCCGAGGGGCAGGGGCGGCUGGGGGAGGAGGAGGUGCAGCGGCUGCGGGGCAACUGCGAGAGCAUCCGGCUGUCGGCCGAGCUGGGCCUCCGGCAGCCCGCCUGGCUGCGCGGCCGCUACAUGCUGGUGCGCUACGAGGACGUGGCGCGCUGGCCGCUGCAGAAGGCGCGCGAGAUGUACCGCUUCGCCGGCAUCCCCCUGACGGCGCAGGUGGAGGACUGGAUCCAGAGGAACACGCAGGCGGCCCAGGACGGCAGCGGCAUCUACUCCACGCAGAAGAACUCCUCGGAGCAGUUCGAGAAGUGGCGCUUCAGCAUGCCCUUCAAGCUGGCGCAGGUGGUGCAGGACGCCUGCGGCCCCGCCAUGCACCUCUUCGGCUACCGGCUGGCGCGGGAUGCCGCCGCCCUCACCAACCGCUCCGUCAGCCUGCUGGAGGAGCGCGGAACCUUCUGGGUCACGUAGGCGGCCCCGGACCCGCGCGCACCCCUCCUUGUGAAGGGCCCACCCUUGCCAUCCCGCCGGGCGGUGCGAUGCUGGCUCCCGCGGAGGGCGGGCAGGCGGGCGGCCUGGGGUAGUAGCAGUAGGCGCCCCGGCCAGCUAGCUCCCCCGCCGCAGCCUGGGGCCUGGGGUCUGUCACCCAGCGCCGGACGGCGCCUGUCCCGUGAGGGCCACCAGGCCCGGACCUAAGGGGCUGCCGUCUCCUGAGCAGGCCCACGCAGGCCCAGAACUAUCGACAAGCCUCUCUCUCUCUCUCUCUCUCUCUCUCUCUCUC